AAGGGGCGGGGUGCUGCGGGCCGAGUCUCGGUGCUGCUGCCGCCUCCUCUGCCGCCGCUACCGGGGAGGGAGCGGGCUGGGCCGCCGAGGCAAGAUGGUGGACUACAGCGUGUGGGACCACAUCGAGGUGUCUGACGAUGAGGACGAGACGCACCCCAACAUUGACACGGCCAGCCUCUUCCGCUGGCGGCACCAGGCCCGAGUGGAGCGCAUGGAGCAGUUCCAGAAGGAGAAGGAGGAGCUGGACAGGGGCUGCCGCGAAUGCAAGCGCAAGGUGGCCGAGUGCCAGCGCAAGCUGAAGGAGCUGGAGGUGGCCGAGGGUGGCCAGGCGGAGCGGGAACGGCUGCAGGCCGAGGCGCAGCAGCUGCGAAAGGAGGAGCGGAGCUGGGAGCAGAAGCUGGAGGAGAUGCGCAAGAAGGAGAAGAGCAUGCCCUGGAACGUGGACACGCUCAGCAAGGACGGGUUCAGCAAGAGCAUGGUCAAUACCAAGCCUGAGAAGGCGGAGGAGGAGUCGGAGGAGGUUAGGGAGCAAAAACACAAAACCUUCGUGGAGAAGUACGAGAAGCAGAUCAAGCACUUCGGCAUGCUCCGCCGCUGGGACGACAGCCAGAAGUACCUGUCCGACAACGUGCACCUGGUGUGCGAGGAGACCGCCAACUACCUGGUGAUCUGGUGCAUCGACCUAGAGGUGGAGGAGAAGUGCGCGCUCAUGGAGCAGGUGGCCCACCAGACCAUCGUCAUGCAGUUCAUCCUGGAGCUGGCCAAGAGCCUGAAGGUGGACCCCCGCGCCUGCUUCCGGCAGUUCUUCACGAAGAUCAAGACGGCUGACCGCCAGUACAUGGAGGGCUUCAACGACGAGCUGGAGGCCUUCAAGGAGCGCGUGCGCGGCCGGGCCAAGCUGCGCAUCGAGAAGGCCAUGAAGGAGUACGAGGAGGAGGAGCGCAAGAAGCGGCUGGGCCCUGGUGGCCUGGACCCCGUCGAGGUUUACGAGUCCCUUCCCGAGGAGCUGCAGAAGUGCUUCGAUGUGAAGGACGUGCAGAUGCUGCAGGAUGCCAUCAGCAAGAUGGACCCCACCGACGCGAAGUACCACAUGCAGCGGUGCAUCGACUCGGGGCUCUGGGUCCCCAACUCCAAGGCCAGUGAGCCCAAGGAGGGGGAGGAGGCGGGUCCUGGGGACCCCUUGUUGGACGCCAGCCCCAAGCCAGGUGACGAGAAGGACAGCAGUGCCUGACCAGCCCGGCCUCUGCCCACCGGCCUGCAGAUCUCUGUGCGUCCCUGUCCAGAAACAAAAUAGACACCGUCUCCCCAGCCUGGCUUCCUCCACUUCGCUGCUGUCCCCAGCCAGGCGCCCGCCCCGCCCCGCCCUCCGCUGCCCCUGCUCCCGCGCGCCUCCCGUCUCUGCUUCAAGUCGAGUCGAGGGGUUCACUGCCUGCAGCCCCCAUCAGCAUUAUGCCAAAGGCCCAGGGGUCCAGGGAGGGGUAGAGGUGGCCAGGCCUGUCCCCUGGGAGGGAGAGGGUCCCCAGCUGGGAACUGGUCACCUGGGAUCGCUGGGUCACCAGUCAUCACUGUCCUCUGCUGCCCAGGCUUCUGUUUGGGAAACAGCCACGAUCCUCUAAUAAAAGAUUUCUGAUGCUGUC